AUGAAUUGGCCCAAAUUCUUAUGGUGCGCUGGUUUGGAUAUUCGUUCAUGUCCGGGUCAACGAUUGAAGGCUCAAUACAAUGAAAUGAGGCGUAUCAAUUGCAAGAAUUGUGACAAAUUCUUUCAUUGCCAAGGAAAUUAUGAUGCUGUUCAUCGUUGUGGAAAAAAGGCUGAAAAUCUACGUCUUGCGAAGAAAAUCAGUGAUUGUCGUGAAGCAGCUCAAGAUCCAGGCUCUGCAGAUAGUCUAGAAGAUCAAAAAGCAAACACAUUAGGACAAAAUGGUGGAAAUUGUACAACCGAAUACUUAUGCAAAGCGAAUUGCAAAUACAAUUUUCGCUCGAAAACUUGUCUAAAGUCAAAUUGUCCUUGA